AUGACACGACCAACACGUCUGGUACCCAGACGGCACGCUUUAGCAAAGCUCCAUGCUGGAAACCUGCUGGGAAACAAAUCUACAACAUCACCAUGGGCACCUAAUAUACGAAGAACACUGUCCACCGGCACUCCUAGCAAACAACAACGCAACAACCGUCUCCCCCUCUCGGGCCUCAAGAUCCUCGACUUAACCCGUGUGCUCGCGGGACCCUUUUGCACGCAAAUCCUCGCAGACUACGGCGCCUCAGUCCUAAAAGUCGAACAGCCUGGCAUGGGCGACGAGACACGGCAAUGGCGCACGCACAACGAGUCGCAAAAGUGGAAGGACCAGCAUAAGCUGAUGAGCCUGUACUUUGCGGCCGUGAACCGGAACAAGAAGUCCGUGACGGUCAACUUCAAGGACCCCAAGGGGAGGGAGAUUGUGGAAAGGCUCGCGAGAGAGUGGGAAGGUGGUGUGGAUGUCGUGGUGCAUAAUUUCUUACCGGGGAAAAUUGAGGGGAUGGGCUUGGGUUAUGAGCAGCUGAAGCGGGCCAUGGGUGAAGCAAAAGGGGAGAAGUUGAUCUACGCCGCCGUCAGUGGGUAUGGUCCUACGGGCCCCAGUGCGCAACGAGCUGGGUAUGAUGCCAUUGCGCUGGCUGAGGCCGGGUUGCUGCACAUCACGGGUGAAGGGAGCGGGCCUCCGUCGAAACCUGGUGUUGCAAUGGCCGACUUGUGCACGGGCUUGUACACGCAUGGAGCCAUCCUUGCGGCGUUGCAUCAGAGGGAUGUCACUGGAAAAGGCUGUUUGAUUGAAGGGAGUCUAUUUGAGAGCAGCCUGAGCUUGCUCAUUAAUGUGGGAUUAGCGAGUCUGAAUCUGGACGUUGAUAAAGGCCCCGAGAAAAGAAGGAGAGGAAAGAGACUAGGUCUAGAGCAUCCCAGCUUGGUACCUUAUGGAGGUUUUGAGACCAAAGAUAAGAAGAUGAUGUACGUGGCGGCGAACAACAAUAGACAGUGGAAAGGGUUCUGCGGGCGUAUGGGAAUCACAGGCCUAGGCGAGGACGAGAGAUUCAGUACGAAUGACGGGCGAGUCGAGCAUAGGGAGGAGAUCAAUCGGAUUUUGCAGGACAAAUUUCGGGGGAAGACGAAGGAUGAGUGGAUGGCUGCGUUUGAAGGCAGUGGAUUGCCAUAUGGUGCGAUUAACGAUGUGGUCGAGGCGUUGGAGCACCCUCAGGCUAAAGCCCGCAAUAUGGUGGUCGAUGUCGAGAAUUUUGAAGCAGCAAGAGAUGGAGUGCUCAGGUUGAUUGGACCUGCCGUGAAGUUUGAAGGAGCACAAAUGAAUGUGAGGCUGAAACCACCGUUGCUGGGUGAGCAUACCGAGCAGGUUCUGGGGGGGCUCGGGUAUAACUCCGCUGAAGUCGCUGAGUUGAGGAAGUCUGGAGUUGUCUGA